CAUUAGUGGUCUUUUCUCUAUCUUGUGAUUUCCUUCAGCUUAUGGGUGAGAUCUCCAUCAAUAUCUCCAAUGGUUUCUGUAAUGGAACCAAGAUACUUAAAGAUUUCAUUUUGCAGUGUCUUCACCUUCUCAUGCUCCAUUCUGUUUGAAUUUACAUUUCAAAUAUUUUAUUUUAGAGAAACUGAAUUGGAAACGCUUAAGAUUCCAAAGUCUCUUUCCAUAACUCAAGUUUGGCAGUAAGCAUUCUUUUUUUUAUCAACCACACCCUAUCAUUCAGCAAAAAAGCUUUAAAUAAUAUAUAAUAUCCUGAAUAUAUCUGGUAAGUCAUCCAUUACUAGGGCAAAAAGGUAAAAGACUGAAAGCUGACUGCUGGUUUAGGCUUAUUGCUAUUCAAAAUGCUUUGUCCUUACACAAUAAUUGCUUGAUUACAUGUGUUUCAUCACUUGGCUAUAAGUAAUACGUACUCAUUUCUUCUAACAUAUUGAUUGAUAAUAAAAGGAAAACAACAAAAAGAGUUGAAUAGAAGGUGUUGGCAGGAUUGACUUGUCGUUUGUAACAGUCUAUUAAUACAACUAUGGACAGUUUUAUAAAUGCAUGAGAGGGCUUUUCUCUUGCUAAUAAAUUGGAAAAGUCUCUUAUUGUGAGUGUUUCAAUUUCCUAGUUGUUUGCAUAAGUAAGAAUAUUCCAUCUAAUAGCAUAAUGCUUUUGUUUUUUUCCAUUCUUUUUUCCUUUCAAAUUUUUAUUUUCCUUUGGGAUGUGGUUGUCAGGGUGGUUGGAUAAUUCAGCAUUAAAUUCUGACUGUUGCUUGAUAUGUCUUCCACCAUUAUGACAUUUUAGAUUUUUGAUGUUUUUUCUGAAAUUUAAUGCUGAAAUUAGCACCCUCUGGUUGGGUACGGUGAGAAGUAUUGACAGAUGUGUAGAAAGUGAUGACUUGCUAUGACUUAUCUUCUUGUGAUUCUACUUGUCAAAAAAUUUUCUUACUAUACGGUAGCCAAUGCAAAAUUUCAUCACAGGUGUCCAGUUGGGAUUAAAUGGAUAGCCAAUUGAUGGCCUUCAUUGUUUCUUGAUAAUUGAUCUGUUUGUGUAGUUCAGUGGAGAAUAUGAGUUGAAAAAUCCAGGCUAAUGGGCCUAUGAUCUUUUUUUCCUUCUUUCAUACCUUUACAAAUAAAACUUAAAAAAUGGGUAUACAUAUUUAUUCAACUGUUAUGUUACUUUGUUGUCCAUUUAAAUUUCAAAUACAGAAGAGCACUUGACAGUGGCAUCCAAUGUAGAAGAGCAAUGAGUUUGUCACGACUUAUCUUUAUGUGAUUCUACUUUCCACAAAAUUUUCUCACCAUAUGGUGGCUGAUGCAAAAUUUAAUCACAAAAGUGUAUAGUUAGCAUUAAAUGGAUAGCUAAUUUGUGGACUUCAUUGUUUCUUGAGAAUUGAUCUAUUUCUGUAGUUCAGUGGAGAAUAUUAGUUGAAAAAACCAGACUAAUGGGCCUAUGAUCUUUUUUCCCUUCCUUGGUUCCUUCACAAAUAAAACUUAGAGAACGAAUAUACAUAUGUACUGACCUGUUAUGUUACUUUGUUGUCCAUCCAAAUUUCAAAUACAGAAGAGCAUUUGACAGUGGCAUCCAACGUAGAAGCGCAAUGAAUUUGACGAAGUGUAGCUUUUCCUGGCCAUGGUUUGGGUUCUGGGCUUACUCCUACAGCUGCGAAGGCAAGAAAUUUUGUACUGAAGAUUUGACAUUGAUUUCAAGUGGCGCUCUUGAGGAACUGGGUCUGCUAGCUGGAACACCUGUUGGGACAUCGCUGAUUGAUGCUCAUGCUGGUGGUGUGGGGGUAAUGGAAAGUCUACCCAAGACAGAUUGUGAAGCUGAAGAGAAUGAUAAUGAAGCUAUAAGCCAUCGUAUGGUGCUGGUGUGUGGCACUUCUACUUGUCACAUGGCGGUAUCGCGGGACAAGCUGUUUAUUCCUGGGGUGUGGGGACCAUUUUGGUCAGCAAUGAUACCUGAGUAUUGGCUCACAGAAGGUGGGCAGAGUGCUACUGGUGCAUUAUUGGAUUACAUAAUUGAAAACCAUGUUUCUUCUCCUCGACUUGCAAAUCGUGCUGCCUCUCAAAAUACUUCCCUGUUUCUGCUGCUGAACAAUAUGUUAGAAUCAAUGAUGUCUGAGAUGCAGUAUCCGUUUAUAGCUGCUUUGACUGAAGAUAUACACGUCCUUCCUGACUUCCAUGGAAACAGGUCUCCGAUUGCAGAUCCAAAAGCAAAAGGAGUUGUGUGUGGAUUGACUCUCGACACUAGUGAGAAACAGUUGGCUCGACUAUACCUUGCCACAAUGCAGGGUAUUGCAUAUGGUACACGUCACAUUGUGGAGCAUUGCAAUGCCAAUGGUCAUAAGAUUGACACAUUACUUGCAUGUGGUGGUCUCUCAAAAAAUGCCCUCUUCAUUCAAGAACACGCAGAUAUUAUUGGUUGCCCUAUAAUGCUUCCACGUGAAAGUGAGUCAGUGCUCUUAGGGGCUGCUAUUCUUGGUGCAGUAGCUGCGAAGAAGUAUUCUUGUCUCAGUGACGCCAUGAAAGCACUUAAUGCGGCUGGUCGGGUCAUUCAUCCAUCAAAAGACCCAAGGGUGAAGAAGUAUCAUGAUGCCAAAUACCGAAUUUUCCUUGAACUUUAUGAGCAGCAGCUAUCGCAUCGUUCCAUCAUGGCACAAGCAUUGGCAUAGAUUAUGAGGUACAUGGUUGCAACUUGGGAAUGCUUUUCUUGAAUUGGGUUUUUGAAUGUUAAGGAAGUGAGUGGGACUGUGUAAAGUUACUGGAUUACUGGUAAAGAUACUUGCGUAAAUAAUUGGUGUUGUAGUUGCAUGUGAAAACUAGCGCAGACAGGAGGACCUGAAUUAGGAUUAAUGGAUGAGUUUCACAUUUUUAAUUCCUUUAGCUGGAAAUCAUCUCUCAAUGGAGGAAAUAUAGGGGGGGUAAGAAAGAGAAGGUAGGAAUUUGGAAUGAAAAGGGACUCUUUCCAUCGCAUAUAUACGCCUCUUCUUGCUUAUCCUAAAGUUCAUUGAGUUGAGUCCUUCAAGCUGGGUGUUAUUUGGAAACAAAAAUAAAUGCAUAAUUUUAUGGCAAA